UUCCGGGUCCGCCAUUUUGCCUCCCUCCUUCCUUUUGGCGCUGGGGGGAGGGGAGGGAUUUGAAAAACAAAACCCAUUUUUAAAAUAUUAUUUGUUAAUAACUUAAUAAUGUUUUUUAAAAAAACACCAAGAUAUUAAAAAAAUGGAAAAAGAAAAGAUGGUGACAGGAAGUUAAAAAAGAAGAGCCAAGCGCCAAACGUGGCAGCCCCCCCGUCUUUGAGGGAUUUUUGAAACCAUUCGUUCCCAUGUAUAAAAAUGUCACUGGUGGACCUGGGGAAGAGACUGUUAGAGGCAGCUCGCAAAGGCGAAGACGAUGAAGUCAGGACACUGAUGUCAAGUGGGGCGCCUUUCACUACAGACUGGCUGGGGACGUCCCCCCUUCACUUGGCGGCUCAGUACGGCCACUAUUCGACAGCAGAAGUUCUGCUCCGGGCGGGAGUGAGCAGAGAUGCUCGGACCAAGGUGGACAGGACGCCGCUUCACAUGGCAGCUGCUGACGGGCACUCCCACAUUGUCGAGCUCCUGAUCAGGAACGGCGCUGACGUGAACGCCAAGGACAUCCUGAAGAUGACGGCCUUGCACUGGGCAACCGAGCACAACCACCGCGAUGUCGUCGAGUUGCUCAUCAAAUACGGUGCCGACAUCCACGCCUUCAGCAAGUUCGACAAAUCCGCCUUCGACAUCGCUCUGGACAAAAACAACCCGGAAACCUUGUUGAUGCUGCAGGAGGCGAUGCAAAACCAGGUCAAUACCAACCCCGAGAGAGCGAACUCAGUCUCGAGCUCUGUGACCGUCGGCCAGCCGUUCAUUCUGACCUCGGGAGACAUGCUGAGUCUGGCCAGCAUCGUCUCCUCGGCAAGCGCCAAAACGACCUCAGGCGAUUCCCACAUUUCCACUGUGCAGCUUCCAAACUCAACAACCUCAGUGCUUGCCACACUGGCAGCCAUCGCAGAAGCCUCUGGCCCGCUUUCCAACUCAAACAGAACCCCAGGAUCAGAGGAAAUCGUGGAAACCAAUCACCUCAAUUCCCCCCUCCAGUCAAUAGUCAGCUCUGGGGGCCGGCGCAUUGUUACAAUUGUGACGGAUGGCAUCCCUCUGGGCAACCUCCAGGCGGCUAUCCCGAGCGGCCAGCCCUUCCUCGUGAGGAUGCAGAACAGGCAGCAAGUUUUAACUGUACCUGCUGGUCAGGUUGCAGAAGAGACUGUCAUGGAGGAACAAGGCGACAGCGAUCACCAUAUAACAGAAGAAGGAGAACCUGCUGCCAAGAAAAUAAAAGUGGAACAAGUUGCAGAUGACUUGGAAGAAAGCAAGGACAACAGAGAAAGAGAGAUUUUGCAGCAGCAGAUCCAGGAGGCUAGUCGCAAAGCUCAGGAAUACCGAAGCCAGCUGAGGAAGAAGGAGCUGGAGGCUGAGCGGUACCGACAGAAGCUGGAAGCCAUGGCCAGGCAGCAAGGCGGUGGGGCAGAAGGCGAGGAGGAGGAGGAAGGCGAGGAGGUAAACUCGGUCAAUGUGUCAUCAGAAGAAACCAUCAGCUCCGUGGCGGACACGGAGCUCCUGACCGACAUCGCAGUGGAGACCGUGACAACGUCGUAACCUUCAGGUCACUAUUUUGCCUCCUUUCUAAAAAGGAAAAAAUAAACUUGCCCAAGAAAGGCAGAGCAGUGAAGGAAGGCAUGCUCUCGGGCCGCUACACAACUCCCGCAAACUCUGGGCAAAAGUCCUUUUGUGUGGGGCAAUUUCUAGGGCGGGCUCCUCCUCCAGCACCCCCUUUCCUAGUUUCCUCUUUCGAGAACAGGGCUUUAAAACACAAUCUUUUUUUAAAAAACGUUUUUAUAAUCUCUCUCGCCAUUCAUGAGGUAGCCUUACCAUCGCGGCGUCCCCUCUGGCAUGCGAUGGGGACACCGCCUUAGGCAGCUCUGUUGCUCGGGCUGCACCUUGAGGGGCCUCACCACACGUGGGAAACAGGAGCAGAGCCACAGGACACCUCCCUCCACCACCACCCCCAAAAAACGGUCCUGCUGCACGUGGUUGUGGAGGGCUCCUCAUCCAGAUGGAUAGGGAGCGCCUGCCGUUUGGCUUUCCUGCCCGUAAGGCGUUGCCAGGCAGGAUCGCCAGCCAGCCUCCUAACACGCAGGGAGCGAUUUUAACAUACUUUCAUGGAAGCACUGUGCUGAUUCGCCCAAGUGCCCUGGAGGGAAAGUCAGAGAAAUCUCUGCAUUUCUCCUCCUUUAAAAAUUCUCUUCAUGGGCAAGCGGUGACCAGGGGCGCCUAGGAGUUGUAGUUCGGCAGUAUCUGGCAGGCUGAAGGUUCCGCACACCUGCCUUUGAGACUCCCACAUCUGCUCUGGUGGAGCUAUAGACUCUUUUUUUGGUGGAGAUUUUCUUUUCCCCUUAUGCGCUCCCCCCCCAAAUAAAAAAUGUCAGCAUUUCACAUUUCAUUUCCCUUUCAGCCAAAGAGAAACAACACUGACUUUAAAAAAGGCAGCAGGGCCCUCCACAGUGCCACUGGGUUGCCAGCCUUUCCCAGCGGUGGGCCCCUCUCUCCCCCUGCCUGGGUCGCAGCUCAGAAGCAGAGCACCUCUUUUCCGUCCAGAAAGCCCCGGCUUUGUCCGCAGUUAAAAGAGGCACUGAGGUACCCCUGGCUAUGAAGGUGCCUCGUUCCUCCCGUGAGGGGGGGGGGGAGAGAGAGAGUCAGACUGCUGGGCAGAGCAGACAAUCCUGACCCUGCUGGAAAGCUCCUUUACUCGUAAGCAAGGGGUGGAAGAAGGAGGGCGCGUUGUGUGCGUGUAGAAAGUAGCCUACUGUGCAAAGGUAGCGUUUGUUUCCUUUGCUCCGCCCACUUUUGCAUCUGGCCCCGCCCACCACUGGCACGUGGCCCUUGGAAGGCUGCCCGGAAGGGAACGUGGCCCCUGGGCUGAAAGAGGGCUCUCCACCCGAGAUGCAAGCUUACCAGCCUACGCCUUGAGAUGCAACUUCCAGGCACCAACAGAACUGCCGGCACGGGCGAGAGCCGCUCUCAGCAUCACUGUUGCGUGGACUCUGAUUUAGCACUUGCUCAGGUAAGGCCAGGGAGCCUUGCUCUGGCUGGGACUGAAGGGACUCGAAGAUGAUCUCCCCAGUUGCUCUGGCUGGACUCAUCCCUGACGCCUUCCUCGGACCUCUGGGGACCCCCGUCUGCCCCUAUCCUGCAAUGCUUUAUUCUGCCUAGAAAAUAAUAUGCAGCUCUUAAUCAUGUGGCUAACAUUUUAUUUUUGGAUGGGGAGAACACUGAUCUUCCUCUAGUAAAUCUAGGGGAAAUGGGAUUUCUGAACCUGUUUUCCUUGUCCUGGGAAGGCGCCCAUGCAGCUUUGCAGGUUUAAUUUCAAAUGGUGCAUUUAUUUAUAUUCUCUGUAGCACUCUAGAUAUUUUUAAUAUAAAUGUAUGUAUAUAUAGCUGAACACAGUCCUGUUUUUAGGGUUUGCUCUGCACCCAUGAGGACUAGAACCACCUUUAAAAACAAACAAACUUGUAGUAUAUAUGACAAUUCAGGUUUACAUCUUGGCGCCUUGUAACCGGUUUGGUGGGCGCAGCACUUGGUGCCUUAGGGGGUCAACCAGUGGCCCUCCAGAUGUUGCCAGACUUCCAGCUCCCAUAGUCAUCCCUGACCAUUGGCCAUGCUGGCUGUCGGGGCUGCAGGGUGUUGAGAGUCCAACAGCACAUAGUGGUGGCCAGAGGCUCCUGACCCUCCCAAGCCAUAGGGCUCUUACAAAAGAAAAGUGGGAUCUAUAUGGGCACAAGCUGCAACGUUGCCCCCUUGUUCCCGUCACCAGUUCCCCUCGAUAACAAAUCCUCGAUUUAACUUCAACUUCCCGGGUGCUUCGCUUUGGCUGCUGAAAUAGCACCCUGCACAUUUCAACUCCUGUCGAUGUCCCUGACCAUUGGCCGGUCUGCCUGGGGCUGAUGGGACUCCCAGUAACCUCUGGCAGGCACCACCUUGGCUACCCCUACUUUAAAGCUUGAACAACGUGGGCCGUUGCUCAGAGGGCAGCACAUCUGUGCUCUAGAUGGAGCGGGGAAAGACCUCUCUGCCUGAAAGCCCUGGAGAGCUGCUGCAAGUCAGCGUGGACAGUCCUGAGCUAGACUGUCCAAGGGUCUGACUCCGUACAAAGCAGCUUCCUCGGUCCCUAAGUUUUUCAAGGGACAGCUUGGAAGCCCUGAGAUGGAACGUUGCAGGCCUAUCUACGAGAAGGGCUUGGCGGGGCAGGUUUCAACACAACUAUCCCUAAAGUUUUUAACCUUUUAGGUUCAAUUUCUCAGCGAGGCCUUCCCCACGGCCUCAAGCCAGAGAUAGGCUCUUUUAAUGUGCUGCUGAAUCGCUGGCGCAAACUGUGGGAUUCUCCAGUUCUUCCAAGAGAGGAAGAAACAUCAGAUAUGCAAAGGUUCCUGAGCGCACGCAACACAGGUGCUUCCUCCCUUAUAAGAAAUGGAGAAGUCCUUUAAGCGCGAGGAAGGCUGGAGCAGAUUAGCCAUAACCCCUGACUGAAGGUAGUUUCACCCUGACUUUGCUAGGCUGGCCAAGGAAUCAGCGCACUGGUGGCACAGGAGGUAAGGUGGCAGAGUUUGAUUGCGGGACACCCAACCUGCAGCCUCUACACAUUCAUAAUUUGCCAUGUAUGGCCCGUACCCAUUUUUUCUGAGGGGGAGAAGUGUGUGUGUGUGUGUGUGUGUGUUGGGGGGGGCAGUAUUCAAAUCCACAUCCUACUUUGGCAAAGAAGUUAAUCGUAACUGCUUUUAGAGGUCUUUUUUUAUUAAGCGGUGUAUAAAUGCUUUUAAAUACGUGAAAAAAAGUAAAAACAAAACACCGCCCAGUUUUAUGAAGAAAUCUUCCCAUUCAGGAAGGCCAAGCAUGUAUAAAUCUUGUUCCUGCAUUAAAAGAAGCAAACCCUAUUUAUUUAAUGUGCAAUUAAUUGCCUUUUUUUAAAAAAAGUCUUGCUGCUGCAUUCUUUUACUUUUUAGCAGUGAUUUCGUAACGACAUUCAAAGAACCAAAGCGAGUGCCUUUGCGUACACCUUGUGCCUUACUGAUCCCUGGAAAGGAUCUGAGAAAGAGAGGAAAAGGGUCAACAAUGUCCUUUUUUGUCUCUCAUCAACAGCGGUGUUGCCCAGGCGGUCUUUCACAGCCCUGAAGGGGUUAUAAUCCAGAGGACUCUCUCGGAGGCCGCUGUUCCAAGUGCCUCUUGAUUUGUAGAGGAUUUUUUUAUUUUUUUAAAAAUAGCUUUUUAAAGGGAGGGAAAGGUAUAUUUUAUAUUUUAGGGUCUUUUGCCCAAAACGUUCAGUUGAUAAUGUAUACGAUUUCUCUCUCUCUUUUUUGUACUGUGGUUUGGUAAAUAAAAAUGCGAAAGUCA